AUGGAGGGCGAGCGGGCGCCGCUGUUAGGUGCGCGGGCGGCGGCGGCGGCAGCCGGAGCUUUUGCGGGGCGGCGCGCGGCGUGUGGGGCGGUGCUGUUGGCGGAGCUGCUGGAGCGCGCGGCCUUCUACGGCGUCACGGCCAACCUGGUGCUGUUCCUGAAUGGCGCGCCGUUCAACUGGGAGGGCGCGCAGGCCAGCCAGGCGCUGCUGCUCUUCAUGGGCCUCACCUACCUGGGCUCGCCGUUCGGGGGCUGGCUCGCCGACGCUCGGCUCGGCCGGGCGCGCGCCAUUCUGUUCAGCCUGGCUCUCUACCUCCUGGGCAUGCUGACUUUCCCGCUGCUGGCCGCGCCCCGCUCGCGCUCCGUUCUUUGCGGGGACCCGCGCCCGGAGCUCGUGCGCAACUGCUCGGCUCCCUUCCCCAACGGGACGGCCGUGUGUCCCGACGCCGCCGCGCGCCACUGCGCUCCCGCCACCUUCGCGGGGCUGGUGCUCGUAGGACUCGGUGUGGCCACGGUCAAGGCCAACAUAACUCCUUUCGGCGCGGACCAGGUCAAAGACCGAGGUCCAGAAGCCACUCGGAGAUUUUUCAAUUGGUUUUACUGGAGCAUUAAUUUAGGAGCAAUCCUGUCAUUAGGAGGCAUUGCCUAUAUUCAGCAGAAUGUGAGCUUUCUCACGGGCUACCUGAUUCCCACAGUCUGUGUGGCCGUUGCUUUCUUGGUCUUCCUUUGUGGCCAGAGUGUUUUCAUCACCAAGCCUCCUGAUGGCAGCGCCUUCACUGACAUGUUCAGGAUUCUGACCUACAGCUGCUGUUCCCAGAGAGGUGGGCAGCAGAGAAGUGGUGAAGGCCUUGGAGUCUUUCAGCAAUCUUCUAAACACAGUCUGUUUGAUUCAUGUAAGAUGUCGCGUGGAGGGCCGUUCACAGAGGACAAAGUGGAAGACGUGAAAGCCCUGGUCAAGAUCGUGCCCGUGUUCUUGGCUCUGAUUCCUUACUGGACAGUGUACUUCCAAAUGCAGACCACGUAUGUUUUGCAGAGUCUUCAUUUGAAGAUUCCUGAAAUCUCAAGUAUCACCACCACUCAUCACACGCUGCCUGCAGCCUGGCUCACCAUGUUUGAUGCGGUGCUCAUCCUCCUGCUCAUCCCACUGAAGGACAAGCUAGUGGACCCGGUGCUCAGGAGACACGGCCUGCUCCCAUCCUCCCUGAAGAGGAUUGCCGUGGGGAUGUUCUUUGUCAUGUGCUCUGCCUUUGCUGCAGGAAUCCUGGAGAGUAAAAGGCUGGACCUGGUGAAGGAGAAGACCAUUAACCAGACCAUUGGUGGCGUGGUGUACCAUGCUGCUGACCUGCCCAUCUGGUGGCAGAUCCCACAGUAUGUGCUCAUUGGCAUCAGUGAGAUAUUUGCAAGUAUAGCAGGUCUGGAGUUUGCAUACUCAGCUGCACCCAAGUCCAUGCAGAGUGCCAUCAUGGGACUCUUCUUCUUCUUCUCUGGCAUUGGGUCCUUUGUGGGCUCAGGACUGUUGGCCCUGGUGUCUCUCAAGGCCAUCGGGUGGAUGAGCAGCCAUACAGACUUUGGGAACAUCAACAGCUGCCACUUGCAUUACUACUUCUUCCUGCUGGCUGCCAUCCAGGGAGCUACACUGCUGCUCUUCCUCAUCGUGUCUGUGAAGUACGACCGCCAGCGAGCCAGGGCAGAUGGGGGGCCGGCCAGUACAAGGACCUGAAGCAGCCAGCCAGCAUGCUCACGGGUUCUGCAGACUGUAAGGCCUUGGGGCCAGCUAACUACCAGGGCACUGUCAGCAGGCAGGUUGAGGCUAGAGCGUUGGUGUCCUAACUUCUGAACUUGCAUGUUGUCUGGACUGGUUUCUCCCUCCCUGUGCCCAAUGAGCCUGGUGAGUGCCUUACUGAGGUCGUCUCAUGUGCACUGGGCCCUGCCAGGAGAUGAGAGUGUGACUUCUCUCACUGAAGGUCUCUGCUAGUCCUGAGCCAGCCAUACUUUCUCUUCUGGUCUUGGGCAGCCACUCUUCUGAUACUGGCGUCCUUAUUCCUUACCAACACUGUUACUCAGCAUCUCCUUUCUUUAAGAUUAGUAAGCACUCCAUCAAGAGGUAGGAUGAUUCAUUUUAGAGAUGAAAGUGUGGUUGAUGGCGUGGGGCU